CGGGAAAGAUGAGGGGCUAUACUGGUGGAAACAAACCUGACGAGGUGACUGGGAUGAAAGCGGCUGUUUACAAGGGAGAGCAGGUCCUCCAGGUCGAGGACGUUCCCGACCCGGUGCCAGGACCCGGCCAGGCGGUCAUGAAAGUCAAAUACGCCGCCAUCUGCGGGACGGAUGUUCAUGCCUUCUUGUACGACAUCGCCAAGCCGGGGACGGUCCUAGGUCACGAGUUUGCCGGCAGCAUCGUUGACGUUGGCGAGGGGGUCACGCGUGUGCGAAACGGCGACCGGGUUGUUGGUGGCGGCGGGCACCGUCCGGCAGGUGUAGACCCGGGACCCCGGGCCAAUCCGAGGUUCAACUACCGGACGAUGGGGUCCAGCACAACGCCAGGCAGCUUGGAUACGCCGAAUACGUACUGAUGGAUGAGUGGGAAUUCACGCCGGUGCCCGACGAUGUGACGGACGAGCAGGCGGCUCUGACGGAACCGUGCGCCGUGACCGUACAUGCGGUGCGGCUGUCGGACGUCAAACUGGGCGACGCCGUGGUAGUGCUGGGCGCGGGGCCCAUCGGCCUGCUGUGCAUGCAGACAGCACGGGCGGCCGGGGCCACGACCGUGAUCGUGUCGGAACCGGCGCCGGGCAGGGCAGAGGCGGCCCGCCGACUGGGAGCCGACGCCGUGAUAAACCCACUGGACGGCAAUCUUGAGGCGCAGGUAAUGGAACUCACCGGCGGGGCCGGGCCGCAGGUGGUGUUCGAAUGCGCCGCCGCACCUUCGACCAUGGAGCAGGCGCUGGACCUCUGCGCGAAAGGCGGACAGGUGGUGAUGCUGGCAAUCGCGUGGGAGCCGACGGCCGUUCUUCCGCCGAACUGGAUGGCGAGAGAGGUGCGGAUGCAGUCCUCGUUCGGGACGCAGCCGCAGGACUGGCGGAUCGCGCUGGACCUGAUGCGGCAGGGCCUGGUCUCGGUCGACCACAUGCUGACCGGAACCAACUUCGUCCCGCUGGAGGGCAUCCAGGGUGCUUUCGAGGCGCUGUGCCGCCCGACCAACCAGCUGCAGAUGGUGGUGGCGCUGUAG